GCAAAAAUCAGUUGAUAGAAACUCAUCAUUUGAAGCCAAUAUUAUCCCCCAUAUGUUUCAACUGGGACCCAUGCUUUAAAGCUGAGAUCCACCACCUCAAAAAAUCCUGGCUCCGCCACUAGUUUGUCUUAAUAAUUACAAGAGGCGCUAAAAAAAGCUUUUUCCCCAGUCCUUUAAAGAAAUACUCAAAGAUUGGUUCUAAUAUUGUUUUUUCAAAGUACCAUCUCUCAUCAACAAUGCAACGGUACAUACAAUUAAAACAGAUCAUGGGAAUAAAAUUUGAUAUCAUUUUUGGCGAGGUCAUUACUGACUGCUUAAUGGUAUUCUCCUCUUUCGGACUAUUUCUAGUUGUCCACGAGAGUACAAUUAGUCAGGUUCAAAUUUUUACCAUCUAUAGAUUAUUGAAAAUGGUAGGACCGAUGUUCGAGAAAAAAUUUUAUAAAGCAAGUCUUCAGUGAUUUUUGAAGAAAUCUUUAAUAAUCACCGGAUCUGCUUGUAGCCCCUCUCUUACUUUCUUCAAUUGGACUGAAAUUGUUUCCGAAGAUACGCAUGAUAAAAUCUCAGAGAUAUUUUUAACCUUCUAGAAAACAUUUCUGAGACUUUUGUCCCAAGUAUCUCCAACAAAAAAAAACAAAUUUCAGCUCGAUGGGUUUGUAUCAAUAUUUCCAACUUGAUUUGGUGUAAAAAAAAGUUUUGUCAAAUCUUCUGAUUGAUUUCUAAUUUUUAUCUCAUCACUCGAGUCAAGUCUAUAGUUUUUGAAUUUUUAAUUCAGAACAAUGAUAAUAUACAUAUAGGUUGUCUCAUUGUUUGUGGUAUCUAUUAAUAAGGUUAAUAUUAUAUAUAGGUCGCGAAAGUUGCGCACGAAUAACUUGUACUCUGGAACUCAAUAAAAAUUUAAGUAGCUAGGAAAUUUAAAUGAAGGUAUUUCGUAGUAAGGCAGUGGGUGUGGAUCAUUGUUCCACCCACAACCUUAUUAUAUUUUUAUUAGUUUUUGUAGUAUAAGCGUACAUUUUAUUCUCUCAUGUAUAUCUUUUCGAGAUCAUUUAUUCUCAAUUCUAAUGAUACAACUCCUAUGUAUUUUGUUUUUAUUUUCAUUUAGAUGGUGUUUCACUUCGGUCUACUUCGAAAACAUCUACAGAUCGAUCGACUUAUUCCAAACAACGUUUAUUUUCUAUUGAACAACAAGAAAAGAUUGGUCUAAAAGCAAAAAGGAUUUUAGAUUGGGGUCGAAUUGAAUAUUUGAAUGAAAAUGGAUUUAAUGCUCAUCUUAAACUAUUUGAAGUUAUUUUUAUUGAUUCAAACUUUAUAACAACAACAACAAUAACAACAACAAUGAAUACUUAUUUCAGUUUAUCAUCAACAAUGAAUAAUAAUAACAAUAAUCAAUCAAUAUAUGAAACAGAUUAUAAUCGUGGAAAUUUUCGUUUAAUAAGUAAAGAUCCAACACGUAUGAAUACUUAUUCUAAUUUAAACAUGAUACAAACAGAUACAUCACAUCAACAACAAUAUCAUUUUGAACAACAUCCAUCAACAAAUGAUUAUUUUUUAUCAACAUCAAAUUGUGGUGCAUCAUCAUGGAAACAAACUGAACCAAUAUCAUCAGCAGUUAAUAAUAUGAGACCAUCAUCAUCAACAUUUCCUAUGUCGGUUACAAAUCCAAUGCUUUAUUAUGCACAUUCAUGGAUGAGGCCAGAAAUUAAUUUUGAGCAUAAACGUACUCGACAAACUUAUACACGUCAUCAAACAUUGGAAUUGGAAAAAGAAUUUCAUUAUACGAAAUAUUUAACACGUCGACGAAGAGUUGAAAUUGCUUAUAGUCUUGCAUUAACUGAACGACAAAUUAAAAUUUGGUUUCAAAAUCGUCGAAUGAAAUGGAAAAAAGAAAAUAAUUUUAAAUCACUUAAUGAUCCACAUGUUAAACUUGAAGCUAGUGCAACAAAUCAUGGUCAUAAUCAUCAUCCAUGUCCUACGUCAACUAAUGAUACAUCAUGGUCAUCAAUAUCAAAUAUUAAAAAAGAAAAUAAUCAAUCAUAUACUAUCAAUGAGAACGAUGAAUAA